AUCUGAACUUUUUGCUGCUCAACCACGACAUCGACAACCUUUUGUAACUCCAUCACACCGAGUCGCAAUCAUGGGUAGAGGACCAAAGAAGCACCAAAAGCGCCUGAGCGCGCCAUCGCACUGGCUCUUGGACAAACUGUCCGGUUCCUACGCGCCUCGCCCAUCCCCCGGUCCUCACAAGCUCCGCGACUGCAUGCCGUUGAUCGUCUUCAUCCGUAACCGCCUGAAGUAUGCUCUCAACGCACGCGAGACCAAGGCCAUCGUGAUGCAGCGCCUCAUCAAGGUCGACGGAAAGGUCCGCACCGACACCACCUACCCCGCCGGCUUCAUGGAUGUCAUCACCAUCGAGAAGACUGGCGAGCACUUCCGCCUCGUCUACGAUACCAAGGGCCGUUUCACCGUCCACCGCGUCCAGGCUGAGGAGGCCGAGUACAAGCUCGGCAAGGUCAAGCGCGUUCAGCUUGGCAAGGGUGGAAUCCCAUUCUUGGUCACGCACGAUGCUAGAACUAUCCGCUACCCUGACCCAGCCAUCAAGGUCAACGACACCGUGAAGAUCGACCUCGCCACCGGCAAGAUCACCGACUUCAUCAAGUUCGACACUGGUGUCAUCGCCAUGGCUACUGGUGGUCGUAACAUGGGCCGUGUUGGUGUCAUCACCCACCGCGAGCGCCACGACGGAGGCUUCAAUAUUGUCCACAUCAAGGAUGCGAUAGACAACAGCUUCGCCACCCGCGAGAACAACGUUUUCGUCAUCGGAGGCGAGAAGCCAUGGAUCUCCCUGCCCAAGGGUAAGGGUGUCAAGCUCACCAUUGCUGAGGAGCGUGACCGCAGACGUGCCCAGCAGAUCGCCCACUAAAUGUGCGGUGGUUCGCUUUGUGUUUGUUCUGCUUGCUGGGUAUAUCUGGAAUGGAGUAACUUGGGCUGCAUUAUGCGUUCAGUUUGCGGGAAAUUUGCAACUAGCAUAGUGAAAGAAUUCGAAUGACCAUAAAAGUAUUCCCAGCAGAGAUCCUACUGAAG